AUGAAAGCAAAAUAUGAAGAUAAGAUUUCUACAUAUUUUGAUAAGUGGUACCGAGCUAGAACUAUUCAUAAUUGUGAGGAACGUUGGAAGAUUUUGAAGGAGAAAUUUAAUAUAAAUGAGAAUGUAGAUAGUUGGCUGACGAGAAUGUAUAGAUUGCAUGCACACUGGGUAGAUGCAUAUUUGAAAGAUAUAUUUUGGGUAGGAAUGACAACUAGUCAGAGGAGUGAAAGUAUCAAUGCUUUUUUUGAUGGUUAUGUAAAUACAAAGACUAGGCUUGUGGACUUUGUAUGCCAAUAUGACAAAGCCUUAGCAAAUCGUCGUGCAUCUGAAUCUCAAGAAGACUUUAUGACAUUGAAUAUCGUGCCUACAAUGUGCCUUCGACAUCCAAUUGAAGUGCAAGUUAGCAAGUUAUAUACUAGGGAGAUCUUCAAAAUAUUCCAAGACGAGCUUACUAAUGGGUUAUCACUUUUUCAUGAAGAAAUGCUAAAGGAAGAGCCAAAAACAAUUUAUCUAGUUGGUGAUUUUUCUGAAGAAAGAGAGAAAUGGGAAGAAGUUACAUAUGACAAAUCUAGAGAGCUUACGGUCAAAUGUUCUUGUGCACUUUUUGAAACUGAUGGGAUCCUUUGUAGUCAUAUAUUGCAUAUCAUAUGGCUUCUUCAGUUGACAGCUAUUCCUGAUAAUUAUAUAUUGCAAAGGUGGAAAAUUGAUGCAAGGCACAAAAACAUUAGAUUUUUUAAUGUUAUGGAUGUAAGAAGCAAUGAAGGUAGCAUGGAUCAGUGCGAUAUUAUUAGAUUGUGGACAAUUCGAGCCAGGUUCAAUGCUACCCUUGAGAUGGCUUCAUGUUUAGCAAAUGUCAUUUCUAUGGUGGAGAGAAUGCUACAAGAUAUCACAUUAUCAGUUGAGAAGGAAGUAAAGCUUAAUGAGAUUCAUAUUACAAACUCUCAAAGUGGAAGUCAAAUUAGUUCAAAUGCAAAUGUAGUAUUGAGAGAUGGUGAAGAAAUUUUAAUUCGUGAUCCUAGUGUCCCAAUCAAAACAAAGGGUCGUCUAAGAGGUGCUAGCAGGUACAAGUCAGGAAUUGAAGAGUCACAAUCGAAAAAGGAUAUAAAACAUCGAAAAUGUGGGAAUUGUUAA